CAAAAGGCAAAAGCGAAAACUUUCCACUUCACACUAUUAUCUGCACCAAUAGUUCUCGUCAAAUCAAGCUUUACAAGUUCCUCGUUCUUUCCUCUAGGAUAUUACCAUCCAUAUCUCUUUCUUUUUAUCUCAAGUUCGGCCAGCAACCAUCAUGGCAAAGAGCGUCCGGGCCAGUGUUUCCAAGCGCAAUAGAGCCAAACUCCGAGCUACAGUCUUUGGACCAGCUGUUGAUGCCAGGACUGAGAGACUAUCUGCAAAGCUGCAAGAGCUGGCUUCUCGGCCCAAGCCGAAUGAGGAGCGGACAAAUAUGGAACUUGAUAGCACACGGACAAAUGACAAACUAGAUGACAGCGUCUCGAAUGUCAAUGAAGAUAUGGAUAUCGAUCAGGGAAGUGCUAAAGGUUGUCGGGCUCGCACCAGAAAAUCGGGACGAAUUCAAAAGCGUAAUAAGAAAAGUCGCUCGUCUAUUGUCUUUCGCCCUCGCCAAUCAAAAGCUACGGGGAGUUCAAAGAGGCGGUGAAAAGUCCCAGGUAUUCUACUUUAUAAAAGAAGAGGAGGCGGUCUAAUUUCUGUCAUAUAUGGAGUUUGGCGUUGUAAUAUAAGGGUUAGCAUACUUUUAAGAUUACUACGCUUUGGUCUUCCGCUUCUCCGCAUUCAGAAAGAAAAUAUUAGACUGAAAAUGGUACAAAAUGAAUUCAUUGGAC